AUGGAGAAGAGUUUAUACAGUGGGGUGGACUUUGAACAAAUAGACAAUUUAACUGAUGAUUUGUUUGAGGGAUUUACAAAUGGGAAGAGAGUCAGCCGUGAAGGUGAAUGUGAAGAUGAAGAACCUAAAGAACCUACUCUCAAACCUGCCAACAGGAAGAGAAAAGCUGAAGAUGGAGAUCAAGAUGUAAAUACUACUCUUAAAGAAGCCAACCUGAAGAGAAAACUUGAUUAUGAUAUAGAAUCUAGUCCCGAACAUUAUCCCAAACCUGCCAACAUUCUUAGUCCCCCCAUCGCGACGUCAAAUCCUCAAUCACCUGCAGCACCUACUGUUGGAUGUAAAUGUGAUGAGCUGAAGGAGGAGCUCAAAGAGUUGAAAAUAGACAUAAUGACCAUCAAAGAAACUCAACAAAAUCACCAUGCUUAUAUGAGAAAGUUGGAGAUGAAGACGAAUGAAGGUGAAGAUGCGAAGAAGGAGAAGAUGAAUGAGGAGAUGGAGAAUGAAGAGAAGGUGAAUGAGGAGAAUAAAGAUGAAGAGAAGGAGAAGAUGAAAGGGAUGAUGAAUGAAGAUGAGAACAAUGACGGUGAGGAGAAUAAAGAUGAGAAGAAUGAAGGUGAGGAGAAUGAGGAGAAGAAGUAUGAAUGUGAGGUGAAGGAGAAUGAGGAGAAGGAGAUUGAAUGUGAGGCAAAGGAGAAUGAAGGUGAGGUGAAGGAGGAGGAAGAUGAGAAGGAGAUUAAUGAGGAGAAGAAGAAGGAAGAUGAUGAAAUAAUGCUUUGCCAAAUUAAAAUCGACACAUGCUGCUACCUCUUGAGAAAAAGGAUUGCAAAAUAUUCAAAGACAUAUAAGAAUAAAGUAGCAAUAGGGGAUUACUUACUCGGAGAUAAGUUCAGGCGACAGUACGAUACUUUUCUUAAAGAUCCUGAAGAGUAUAACAUCGAAGAAUUUGUAGAGUAUUAUUAG